UUGCUCUUUACUUUGCAUUUUCCAAAAGCUGACCUAUCACCUAGUCUAUGAUAGCCGCUCCUUCAUGACACAUUCGGUUCGAGAAAGCUUGACGACAUCCUUCACCGACAGUGGGCCAGGGUUAUCCCUAACUUCAAACGACACUAUCCUCCAUCCACGGCAACGGCCUUGGCCUUGUUUUAUCGAUUCGAUGUCGAAGCUCAGUACGAUGACCCACGUUCGGGAGGGCUCGAGAUAUUCUGGUCAUGGAUAGACAGGACGCCUAAGGUUGUCACGGUCCCACGAGCACACAUCAAGCUUGGUGUCACUGGCCAAACUAUAAAUAUGACGGGGACGCAUCGUCGUCCGACGACAACAAGCCGCUAUUUCGCUCAUCGUCAUUUCAACGCAAAUAUCUACAUCAUUUAUUGCCAAGUUCUCGUCUUCGAUUGCUACACCUGUUGCUCUCUUUUGCUUCAUCUUCAAGGAACCAGCUAUGUCAUCUUCUAUCCAAUACGGCACCGACGGCCGACUGUAUUACCAAGCAAGCGAUGGGCAAUGGUAUCCCUACACGGAAUCAUCCUACACAAAUGUAAACCAAGCUUCGACCCAGCAAUAUCAUCAAGCCCAAUAUGCCGAGCAACGCCCAAGCUAUCAUCAGCAUGAAGACAACACAGCAGAGGCUGGAAGCUUCCACGGAGACUACGCCGACGACGACGAACUCACUGCGGCUUCCUCAUCUACUCGAGGCGGAGGAAAGGAGACUGUCAAGUAUGUGAAGAAGCAAGAGAAAGAACGGAGACACCGGGAGGAACUACGAGAAGGCGGUCGAUCGACUCGGAAUAAGCAUAGGAGUAACACCAAGAAAAAGAUUGACGAGACCCUCAAGCCAUUUUACAACAGCAAGUAGGCGAUGGACAUCGACAUAGUACCACGUUGCUAAAGUGUACAAGCGGAUACGGCAGUUUCUGCUCUGGAAAUCUUGGGGUUUUAGACUUCUUGGUGUUCUCUUAGUCUUGUAUAGUACCUUGGAUGUGAUUUCCUCAUGUUUGUACAACUCUUCCCUUCACAUCAGUGCAUUUCAACUGUGCAGCAUAGCAUUACUGUCUUCUUUUUUGUAAUUCUAGUCAAUCCAGUGUAAACCUUUACUUAGAGCACUGCUCUUGAUUGGGA